UUUUUUGUUAUUUUCUCAGUUCAACGAACAAUCUCAACUGUUUCAAACUGAUCAACAACUCCAGUCUCGUAUAUUGAAUGAUGAGUGGCAGUGCAGUCGGAGGAGGAGGAGGAGCAGCAGCGGGAGGAAGUCGAAGUGACGCGUUCGCUGGGCUCGCAUCGCUGUCGGCGUUCAGCGGGAGCGGCUACACUCCAUCAGCAGCCAAAGGCAAUGCCAGCCACAUGUCCGUCGCAAUCCCAAUGGACGGCAACAGCAGCAGCAGCAGCAGUGGGUUUGCAGGGCAGCUCAGCGCAAUGGUCUUUGGCGGCAGCAACAAUGGCGCGUCAGCCACGUCCACACAGAGCGGCAAUGGUACUAGCACUGGCAGCAAUGCAUCGAGUGCAAGCAACGAUGACGCCUCGUUCGUGCUGGGCAACUCGGCGCUCUACGGCGGAAGCAACGAGUCGUGCAUGGAACUCUCACGAACGCAACGAGCCAUCGGAUUUGUACUCUUCCUCGCUGCAGGUGCAUUCUGCUUUGCCCUUUCAUUCCUGUACACUCCAAUGCUCAUCCUCAAAGCCCGGCAGUUUGCGCUCAUGUUUUCGCUCGGCAGCGUAUUCGUUUUGACAAGCUUCUUUAUCCUCGUGGGACCGGUCACACAAUCACGGAGACUAAUAGCGUCCGAACGCGCGCCGUUCACCGCCUUUUACUUUUUCACGCUCUUCAUUACCAUCUACAGCGCCCUGAUAUGGCAGAGCUUCAUUUACACGAUUGUGUUUGCUGGGCUUCAAGUUGCCGCCCUUGUCUGGUAUGUUAUUAGCUUUGUACCCGGUGGAUCGGUCGGGCUCAAGAUUCUGGGAAGAUUCACCUUCAAGGCCGUUCGUACCACAGCGCAAGCAGUUUUGCCACGAUAGCCUUUCCUCCUCUCACUUUGACCGCUGUUUACUGUCGUUGUUGUUGCUUAAGUUUAUUCACUCGUGAUGAGUGCUUUUUUCCCAUACUGUACGUCUUUUCUCUGAUCAGCGUUUUGUCACGUCCAUUUCAUUUUCCAACCGCCAC